AUGAAGUUCCUCCUCUUCGCCUCCACGGCCUUGGCUCUCGUCAGGCGCCAGGGCGAUGUUCUCUCGGCCGACGUUGCCGCCAUUGUCACGAGCGUCACGGCUCUCCAGACACAGGUCAACAACUUCCAGGGCGCCGCUCAGGCUGAUGCCUUGAUUGCCGCCUCUGACGGCGUUGUCGCCGCCAUCAAGAAGGGUAUUGCUGAUGCCAAUGCCUCUCCUCCGUUGACCCAGGAGGAAGCGUUCACUCUCGUCCCGCCUCUGAACAACCUGAUUGGCGUCGUCAACAAGACCGUCGGUGCUUUGGUCGCCAAGAAGCAGAUCUUUGCUGACUCUGGCCGCGGCUGCGAGGUCUACCCUCAACUCGUCAAGCAGGGAGCCGACUCCAAGGCUUUCUCUGAUGCUCUUGUCGCCAAGGUUCCUGACGCACUGAAGGGCAUUGCCGGCCAAAUCUCUGCUCCGAUUUUGCAGAGCUUGGCUGACGGUGCCGCUGCGUUCAAGGACGUCGACAACGGCGGCGGCGGCACAUCCGCUUCUUCUUCGGCUUCGAAUUCUGCCACUCAGACUGGUACCGCUUCCGGAACUGCCACUUCAUCCGGGUCUGCUACCGGCACCGAGACUUCUGGCGCCGCGACUGGUACCACUGAGCCUUGCGCGACUGAGACUGGCUCCAAGACUCACACUGCUUCCGCUACAGCUACCGCUACCGGCUCCGAGCCUUGUGAUGAGACUACCACUGUUGAAGUACCUGUGACGGAGACUAUCCCUUGCACCACCACUGGUGGUUCUGGAUCUCAGACCUCCGGCGGCUCUGGUUCCCAACCUACUGGUGGCUCCGGUUCUCAUCCAACUGGUGGCCCCGGUUCUCAACCUACCGGUGGUUCUGGUUCUCAACCUACCGGUGGUUCUGGUUCUCAACCUACCGGUGGUUCUGGAACUUCUGGUUCUCAGCCCACUGGCGGCUCUGGUUCCCAACCUACUGGUGGCUCCGGUUCUCAGCCUACUGGUGGCUCUGGUUGCCCAGGUUGUGCUCCUGGAGAAACCAGCCCUGGAUCUGGAUCUGGCCCUAAUCCCACCACCCUUGUCCCCGUCCCAUCGGGUGGCGAAGGCGGUCAUGGAGGAAGCGGAGGCAACGGUGGAAACGGCGGGAGCCCGUCUCCCAGCUCUCCUGUUAUAGUCGCCGGCGCUUCCCGGGGAGAAAUCCCCCUGGCCGUAGCCAUUGCUGCUAUUGUUGGCGCUGUGGGUGCUGCUCUCUAA